CAUAAUCAACCGCCACCGACGAUCGAAAGGACAUUCAGAAAACAAAGCAACAAGCAGGACGGAAUCUUUGUGCGAGUAUCCUGGAAGUUCGUGAUUUAUCGGUGGUGUUUUAAUUAAAGCAUUAAAAGCUGUAAUAUUGUUAGUCUUGGUUAUCGUAGUGCUAAUUAUAAUUUCUUACAAUGAGUGUUAAAGACAUCUAUUAUUCGGACAAAUAUUACGACGACGAGUACGAGUACAGGCAUGUCGUCCUCCCCAAAGAUAUUGCAAAACUGGUACCCAAAACUCACCUAAUGACGGAAAACGAAUGGCGAUCGAUUGGAGUGCAGCAAUCCCGCGGCUGGAUACACUACAUGAUCCAUCAACCGGAACCCCAUAUUCUGCUGUUCCGACGGCCAAAGACGACGGCAUAAUUAAGAACCAACAACAUUCCGAAGUAUCGCUUCUCGUGCGCUGCUAUCAUGAUCUAUAGUUUUAGUGUUCCAUCAAAUCUCGCCCCUAGAACAUUCUGGAAAUAUUCUACGAUUAUGAUCUUGUACAAAUGGAAUCUGCUAGGGUAAAAAUCGCUUUCGUCUCCGUAGGACCAAACGGCGAUCAAAAGUAAUUAGGAAUAACUGUACAGAUAGAUUUUCCCACUGGCUCGUUCCACAGUCAAAAGCAACCACCUAAGAAGAGAGUGUGAGUGUGUGCCUUUUUUUGUCCGGAAACUCAGAGGAAACAAAAACACAAACUAUAUACUAAGUUACUUUUAAUAAACGUAUAUUUGUAAACUGAUGUAUGACGAUGUUCUGAAACUACAAUAAAACGGAAAGAAAUCAUUA